AAACGGACAAACGACGAACGUAACAUGCAUUUGCGGAAAGCUGUGCAAGAACCAUCGUGGCCUGAAAAUCCAUCAGGCUAGAAUGAAAUGCUUGGAGAAAGACAAUGAGGUACAACGCUCAGGUCUUGUACCUGGUGAGACGCAGGAGGAGCCCGGCCAGGAGGCAACCCACAGAGCCCAGUCCCUCCACUUACCUCAGACUCUCAAUCCCAGCAGAGUAAGUCCACAGCAGCGGUUUAAGUGGCCCCCAGCCAGCAAGAGGAGCGAGUGGCAGCAGUUUGACAAGGAUGUGUCAAACAUCAUCCAGGCCACAGCCAAAGGAGACGCGGACAGCCGACUCACAUCAAUGACCACCAUCAUCAUCAGCUAUGCCUCAGAAAGAUUUGGGCAGGUGGACAAAGGAAAAUCAAAACCCACUUCCUACACAAUGAGCCGAAGGGCCACCCGGAUACAUCAUCUGCGCCAGGAGCUUCGUACCCUCAAGAAGCAGUACAAGGCUGCAACUGAGGAGGAGGCGCAACCCUUAGCGGAACUGAAAAACAUCCUGCACAAGAAGCUGAUGACUCUUCGCAGAGCAGAAUGGCACCGGAGACGGGGGAGGGAGAGGGCAAGGAAGCGAGCGGCUUUCAAACAACUGCUAGGGGACAAGCGCAGUGGCCGGCUUGAGUGCUCUAUAGAGCAAGUAAACCGCUUCCUCCAGGACACUGUGAGCGACCCUCUGAGAGACCUGGAACUGGAGCCCAACAAAGCUCUCAUCAGCCCAGAUCCCCCAACAACAGAGUUCAACCUGAAGGAGCCAAGUCUGAAGGAGGAUGAGGAGGUUGUCAAGGCGGCCCGCUCUGCGUCAGCACCAGGCCCCAGUGGAAUUCCUUAUCUGGUCUACAAGCGCUGCCCGGAGCUUCUACGGCACCUGUGGAGGAUCCUGAAGGUGAUUUGGAGAAGGGGAAAAGUGGCCGACCAGUGGAGGCAUGCUGAGGGAGUUUGGAUCCCCAAAGAGGAGAACUCACAAGACAUCAGUCAGUUUCGAUCCAUCUCACUGCUGAGCGUGGAAGGGAAGGUAUUUUUUAGCAUCGUCUCACGAAGACUGACCGAAUUCCUCCUCAAGAACAGCUAUACUGACCCAUCAGUUCAGAAGGGAGGGAUCUCUGCUCCUGGCUGCUUGGAACACACUGGGGUCAUCACGCAACUCAUCAGAGAGGCCCAUGAGAACAAAGGCGACCUAGCUGUGUUGUGGUUGGACCUGGCCAACGCCUACGGGUCCAUACCACACAAGCUGGUUGAGCUCGCUCUCCACCUCCACCAUGUUCCCAGUAAGAUCAAGGACCUCAUCCUGGAUUAUUAUAAUAACUUCAGGAUGAGAGUUACUUCUGGGUCAGUGACAUCGGACUGGCAUCGCAUUGGGAAAGGGAUAAUUACAGGCUGCACCAUCUCUGUUGUCCUCUUCUCCCUAGCCAUGAACAUGGUGGUCAAGUCAGCUGAGGUGGAAUGCAGAGGGCCCCUGACCAAGUCAGGUGUACGACAGCCCCCCAUCAGAGCCUAUAUGGAUGACCUCACUGUAACAACCAUGUUGGUCCCGGGGUGCAGGUGGAUCCUGCAAGGGCUCGAAAAGCUCAUCACCUGGGAAAGGAUGAGCUUCAAGCCCUCCAAAUCACGAUCCAUGGUGCUGAAGAAGGGGAAGGUGAGUGACAAGUUCCGCUUUUCCAUCUCAGGAACUGUCAUCCCAACCAUCACGGAGCAACCCGUGAAGAGUUUGGGGAAACUCUUCGACUCCACCCUGAAGGAGUCAGCAGCCAUCCAGAAGGCCAGCUUAGAACUUGGAACUUGGCUCACCAAGGUAGACAAGUCUGGCCUGCCUGGUAGGUUUAAAGCCUGGAUCUACCAGCAUUCAAUCCUGCCCCGCAUCCUGUGGCCCCUGUUGAUUUAUGCAGUCCCAAUAACAGCAGUUGAGUCCCUAGAGAGGAAGAUCAGUGGCUUUCUUUGAAAGUGGCUGGGACUUCCUCGCAGCCUUACCAGUGCUGCCCUGUACGGAACGAGUAACAUCCUGCAGCUUCCUCUCAGUGGUUUCACAGAAGAGUUCAUGGUGGCACGCACCAGAGAAGUUCUACAGUACAGGGACUCAAAGGACUGCAAAGUGUCAGCAGGGGGCAUCGAGGUGAGGACAGGAAGGAAGUGGAAGGCAUGGGAAGCAGUGGAGCUGGCAGAGUCACGCCUAAGACAGAAGGCAUUGGUAGGCACUGUGGCAACAGGCAGAGCAGGCUUGGGUUACUUCCCAAAGAUCUUCAUCAGCCAGGCCCAUGGGAAGGAAAGGCACCACCUGAUCCAGGAGGAAGUCAGAGCAGGUGUGGAGGAAGAGCGGGUGAGCAGGGCAGUAGGACUACGGCAACAGGGAGCAUGGACAAGGUGGGAGAGCGCACUACAGCGCAGGAUCACCUGGACAAACAUCUUGCAGCCAGAUUUUCAGCGGGUCCGCUUCCUGGUGCAAGCUGUCUACGAUGCUCUGCCAAGUCCAGCGAACCUCCAUGUGUGGGGGAAAAGCGAGACACCUUCCUGCCCACUGUGCUCUGGUAGAGGCUCUUUAGAACACCUCCUCAGUGGCUGCACAAAGGCUCUGGCAGAUGGUCGCUAUCGCUGGCGCCAUGACCAGGUGCUUAAGGCAGUCGCUGAGAGCGUAGCCUCAGCCAUCAGCUCCAGCAAGAACCAUCAUGCUCCAAAGAAGGCAAUCUCCUUUGUUAAAGCUGGAGAAAAACCCAGAGCAAACCAACAUGCGACAUCAGGACUACUCCACACAGCAGCUGACUGGCAGUUGCAGUUUGACCUGGGUAGGCAGCUGAGGUUCCCCCAGCACAUCGCAACAACAUUCCUUUGCCCAGAUAUGAUCAUGACCUCUCAGUCUUCGAAACAGCUGAUCAUACUGGAGUUGACAGUGCCCUGGGAAGAAAACAUCGAGGAGGCCAAUGAGAGGAAGAGGGCUAAGUACCAGGAACUGGUGGAGGAGUGCAGGGAGGGAGGCUGGAAGACGGUCUACAAGCCCAUAGAGGUAGGCUGCAGGGGAUUUGCAGGGCGGUCUCUGUGCAAGGACCUCAGCCGCCUGGGCAUCGUAGGAGCGGCAAAGAAGAGGGCCAUCAAGUCCGCAAGCGAAGCCGCCGAAAAGGCCACCAGGUGGCUUUGGGUGAAGAGGGCAGAUCCAUGGGCUGCUACUGGGAUGCAAGUCGGGGCUUGAUCACCCCCGGCUGGGUCGCCUGGGUGAGGGUGUAUGAUGUUGCAAGACCUGAAACACCUGAUGACCCCAGGAUACAUCACUGAUGAUGCGUCCCAGUGCAUC